AUGGGAUCGACGGCGGCAGCAAGACCGCCGUAUCCUAGUGCCGCCAGGAUUUCCGAUUCUCAGUGCUUUCCUCAGUACACCGCCUCUCUCAAGUGCCUGGAACAGUUUAGCACAGACAAGAGCAAGUGUCAGGAACAUUUUGAUAUCUACAAAGAAUGCAAGAAAAAGGAGGUAAAGUUCAUUCUUUUUAAAUGGUACUAG